ACACGCCUUAGAUGUAUAGCUAGCUUGAACAAAGCGAUCCGUGCUAGUAUACAGAUUGUUCCUUCAAUAACUUCUAUCGUUCUUUGUGUACCAUUACUUCAUAGAAAAACCUGUAUUUUAUCCCCGAACUGUUCCAAAUAAUCUAGUGGUUUUGUAUUCUUAUAAACUCUAAUACCAUACCGAUUACACUCCUAAUUUAGAAAAGCACAUCAGUUUGGUUGAUGAUCCGUGCAAGGGUUCUACACACAUACAGCCCAGUCAAAAUACUGAAAUAAAAACUCAAAUAUGUCAACAACAAUACCGAAGAAAACUCCAGAUGUUGUAAAGAAGGAAAAUAGUAUAUAUUAAUGGAACAGAAAAUCUAGCUAAGUAGCACAAAGUUAUAAACAAACUCAAAUCCUCAAAACUACUCGGGCAAGUUUAGGUUACAUAAAUCAUUUGUGAACAUUAAAUAAAAUAAAGCUAUAUUUAUCAUACAUGUACUAUUUGAGGUCUUCUUGAAGUUUCUAGUGUUUUUUAGAAAACUUAAAAUUUUCUAUUAAUGUUUUUUUAUUCCGGCUUGUUUUUUUUGAAAUUCCUAGCAUAUCAUUUUUUUGAAUUUACGGAUUUAAUAUAUUUAAUAUGUGAGUACUAAUCAAAGAUUUUUCAACUAUUUUUUCUGGUUUCCACAAUAUUUAUGUUACUCUAAGCAUAUAUUUAGUAUUUAAUACUCGACCAUGACGACGUGUUGUGAUAUUGAUUUUUGAUUUAGGCUGAGUUGUUAAACCGUUCCCGUGGCUUGGCGGAAGGAGUGGUGGUUAUGAUAUGCCCAGUACUUCUUGCACUGGCUCUGAACAUAGUCGAUCUCAAUGGCAAGGUGUACGGUCAUGGUGUCCCCUUCGCCAUGAUCACCAUGGCAGGCUUAACUUUGAUGACCGGCAUUUGCCCCUUGCUGGUGUGUUGCUUCUUGGAGGGAUUCCCUGGCUGGGGCGUAAGUCUUGCCCCCGUAACAACGAUCCUGGCAACCCUUUCAUCAUGUUGCCUUGUCGUCCUUGCUUGCUUGAUUGCACAAUCCAUUGUCUCCAAAUUCAUUUUUAUCACCAUUGGAGUCAUCUGUGGAAUCUUGCUCCUUGUUCGAAUUGUCUCCUACAGCGUGUAUGACAGACGGAACAAUGAUGGGCGGGAAUACACAAUAUAUAUGCACAAUGUACUAGAUGAAUCGCAUGAGUUCUUGAUCGGUGUCACUGGAAUUCUGUUUCUAGGGUUCGAAGGUCUAGCACUCGAUGGUCAUGGCCAGACGGGUCACAAUAUCAGGGAAUUAGUGGGCUGUAUUAGUUUCAUCAUCUGCACAUUUGGUGUGUGCUUGAUGUUUCUGGAGAUGACACCACCUCAAUGGUUUGCGGUACAUAGGCAUGGUAGCAAUGAAGAGAGGACUGAGGGAGAGCAACAAAUUGUGUGUUUAACUCUCAUCCUAGACUGCAUCAUGGCGGUUGGUAUCUUUGUACUAUUGUUGGUUGUCAUGCUUAAGCUCACGUCUCCUAAGGUUGCCCUAUGGGUCUUAUUGCCACCAGCUGUAAGCUUCGGUCAGCUUCUAGUCCAAGUCGUGUUGAUGGAGAACACAGAAGUUGAACAGGAAUCUAGUCCAGCAUCACUAGAACUUACAAAGGCCACCUUCACUGGAUUCUUGGCUGUGUCGAUAACAACUAUCAGCAGCACAUCGUCCAGCAACUUGACUGGAUCUUUCCUUCUAUUAUCUUCCAUGGCUAUUGGGUUUGGUCUUUCAUGGAGGCUCCUGUCCCAGGCUAACAUAAGAAGAGGUCUCUCCAGUUGUGUUUCAUCUGCUCAUGUUGCUUCUGCUGCUAAGGUUGCUUCCUUUUGUACACAUUUAUGCAUUGUAAUAUCUACAAUUCUAUUUGUAGCAAUGGCUUGUAAUGCGAGCGGUAAAUGAUCGACACCAAUUAGCAGAAAAAACAUUGUGUGCUAUUGUUAUAGCAUUGAAUUAUAGCCUAUCUUCUGCACUUA